AUGUGGAAGAAACAUCGGCAAGGACGCAAGCUCUCGAGCAAUUGCAAGCAAAUGGUUCUUUCCGUGUACGCCACGCUGCGAGAACAAAACCCGAAGGACGACAUCCUUGUGUGGCGUGUGAAGUACCUCCGCUCGAUCCUGAAGUUUCGGGCAGAGAGUAAAGUGAUCUAUUACCUCGACGAAACGUGGGUCGACGCCGGACACACCGUCAACAAGAUCUGGGUCCACACGAUGGUGCGUUCUGCCAGAUAUGCAGGAAAUCGUGGCCUCAGCACCGGUCUCAAAAAUCCAUCUGGCGAGGGCAGCAGACUGAUUGUGACUCACGUUGGAGGUGACGAAGGCUUUGUGGAAGGAUGCCUCGACAUUUUUCAUAGAGUGAAGUCGGGCGAUUAUUACGACGAGAUGGAUGCCAACAGAUGUGAAUGUUGCUUUGACUUGUUCCUGCCCAAGGUAGAGCCAGGAAGCAUUAUUGUAAUGGAUAACGCUUCCUACUACUCAAGACGCGUGGAAUGUGUCCCCACGAAAUCUUCAACCAAGAGUGUCAUCCAAGAAUGGCUAAGCUCAAAGGGAAUUGACUGGGACAAAAACAUGCUCAAGGUGGAAUAA